CUCCCCUUGCCUCUUGUCUCUGAAAGAAAACUCUCGGAACUCUCAAACGAUUCUACUUUAACCUUCCAUGAUCAUCUCACCUGUGCUCAACAGACAGAACUCGGGUAGUGAAAUCAGACAUGAAGUGGCCACUUGGCAUCAUACUCACACUCACAUUCCUGCUGACACUUCAGAACAUCCAACAAGUGUCCACCCAGAUACCUGAUGAAUGGGAAAGAAGUAAUGGUACAAUUCUUGAGGGUGACUAUGGAGAACAGCCAGCUAGCGAGGACAUAGCUGAAGUACCAAUGGAAGGGAGUGAGGGUGACCCACAAAGCAAUGAGGCUACAUAUACAGAACACACGAACAGCGAGAGCAGUUCAGAAAAAGGACAAUCAUUUGGUUACUUGUUAUAUAGUGGAAGUGGACAACUGGAACAGAGGUCCUCAAAGAUAGAACAGAUACCUUCAGCAACACAAGGGCUGCCUGUUAACGAUGCAGUGGAAGUUACUUCUUACGGCCCUAUUGCUACAACACCACCUCUUAUGAUCCCACUUAAUUCAAGUUUCGAACUUUCAGAUACAUCGGCAGAAUUCAAUGAAAUACAGAACGAGUUGGCUGCCUCAAAUACUUCCACAUCAGUGUCUGAGCAGAUGAAUGAAACUGCUCCUGACAACACAUAUCCUAGUUCAAAUCCAUACUCUACCACAACACAGAGCAGCCUUGAUGAACCAGGUUCUCAGAGUUUGCUCCCAGAGGCAGAUCCUGCCAACAGCACUACUAAGAGUCUGACAUCCACAACAACAGAUGGGAAGAAAAGAACUACAGUGAGGCCAUCUGAACCACCAGUAUACAAAACCACAAAGCCAAUGAUUCAACCAGAUGUUCCAGAGGAUAUCACAACUGCUGCCCCGGACAGUGAUAAUACAGACACAAACCUGACUGGACUUUUUGACUCCAGGGGGAAUUCCGAAAGAGGUUUCUCUUCAGAUGUUACAGAGCAAAAGGAAAAGAAAGGACAGGGAUGGGCUAUCGUCUUGGGCAUUGGAAUUGUUGUGGGGGUCAUUGCCUUGGCAGCAUUUAUCAUCAUAAACCAAAGAAACAGAAGAGACUUCUCUCACAGACAACUGAUGGAGGAGAUGUCACCUGAUCCAGUUCUCAGGCUGGAUAACAGUGAGCCACUGGACUUGAAGUAUGAUGGAUUUGGCUACUACAAUCCAGGACUACAAGGGGGAAACAUCCAGAUGACCAACUUUCCACAGGGAUCUUCAAACUAAGAUUAUGGGUGCAUCUCAAUCAUCUCCAAAGUUCAGUAGUCAGGGCACUGACUAUGAUGUUCACUCCAUAAAAAAUCCCACUAUGUACCGUAAAAACCAAGAAGCAUCCUUGCUCACUAUGUUUCCUUUCGUCAUCAUGUCAUCUGAAGUCUCUCAAAUCGUUAGAUUAUGAUCACAAGUGUAAAACUAGAGUGACAGCCUUAUUUUCUCACAUGUUGUUUGUAAUGACUUUCAUUAAUAAUUACCAGUUGCAACAACAAAUUAACAGCAAUAAAUAAGAGAUUCCUGUUUUUAGAACAGCUACACUGCGUCAUCAUGGUAAAGUUUCAGGCGAAGAUAAAGAGGAAGUGAUGUGCUUCUUUCAUUACUCCCUUCAUUAAGAGUGUUCCAAACUGCCAUACAUGAGAUGUGAGUGCCCUGCUCCCCCCAGAGUUUCUUCGCAUGGAGUAGGGCAUAGGCAUGCUCACUUCCUUUGGAAUCCGUCUACUGAUUCACAGCAUAGAGAGCUAGGGAGCUGAUUGAGACACAUGGCACAUCUGUAAAGCCAAAGACACUUUAUUUAAUAUUGCACCUAUGUGAAGACAGUAAUGAAGACAGAUGUAAUGUAAUUUUUGGAGUGAUUUGCCAAAUGGAUUCAAAAUAAAUUUUUAAACAGAUCAAAGAAAACUUUUUUUUAAUUCUAUUUUUGUUGAGUAUUUAAAUUGUGUGUAGAAACCAAAAUAAACUGAAGAAUAACACUAUAAUGGGAUAUACUGUAGGAAUUUAGCUUCUUUCUCAUUGUUGGUUUGCACCUGAAGGUCAUCAAAAUAGUUUACUUGACAUAAAUAAAUAUUGUAUUAUGUCAAGACCAAAAAAAGUCACAUUUUCAAUAAAUGCUAGAUAAGAUAACUUGAUGACCACCAUGAAGAAAACUAUCUGAAUAUGUACUGUAAAACAAAAUGAAGAAUACAAAAUAUAAUCCAUUUUAAGAUAUGUAUAAUAGAAAUAAAAAAUGAUCAAAUAAGAU